UUAUAUUCAAUUUAUUGUAAUACUAUGAGUUAGCAGAAAAUAUAUACACUCUUGGCAUUUUAACAGGCAAAUGACAGGACCAGCUUUAAGGAAAUGCUCCGCAUGACAGCGGAGGAAUUUGACUUCCUACUAGAACGGGUGGCACCACUCAUUACCAAGGAAGACACCAGGUUUUGGAAGGCCAUCAGUGCAAGGGAACGGUUGUCUGUGACACUACGAUUUCUGGCCACAGGUGAAACCUUUCAACCCCUGGGGUUCCAGUACCGCAUCGGCAGCACAACAGUCUCCCAAAUUGUUCUCUCAACAUGUGAAGCUCUCUAUGAAGUGAUGAAAGAUGACUACCUUAAGACACCAACAUCUGAGGCCAGCUGGAGAGCUAUAGCCAAGGAUUUCUAUGAGAAGUGGCAGUAUCCAAAUUGCCUGGGUGCCCUGGAUGGAAAGCAUAUAUACAUACAGCCCCCUGGUCAUUCAAGCAGCACCUUCUGCAAUUACAAAGGCUGCUUUUCUGUGGUGUUAAUGGCUGUUGUGGAUGCAAAUUAUAAAUUUAUUUAUGUGAAUGUGGGGAGCCAGGGCAGGCUUUCAGACAGCGGUCUGUUUGCCCACUCUGACCUUUGUACAGCCAUGCAUGGAGGCCUUCUUAAUGUUCCCAAACCAGAACCCCUGCCUAAAGCAACAUUGUGAUGCCUUACAUGUUUAUUGGGGA